AUACUUAUUAGUUGCAUGAUACUGCCCCCAUAGUAUUCAGUAUAACGAGUUGUCUACAAAGGGCCAAGACCAUCUCGUUUAUUACUAAGUACAACAUCAGAAGCAGAAGAGGUUUGUGGUUAAAUAUCCGAGAUAUUAUUGUUUGGUCACUGUGAACGCGGUAUAUUCUCAGCGUGGUGUUAGCGUUACUCGCGACCAACUCGGUUGUCAUCGCAGAUGGUAGCUUCAUAGUCGGUACACAAAUUCAUCGUUCAAUACUCCCUUCUGUGUGGCCGAAGAGCUUUUGAAUUAUGAGCAGAAGAACAGUUCUUAUUCCGGUAGAUGGUAGUGAACACAGCGAGAAGGCUUUCGAUUGGUACUGUGAUCAUUUAUGCAAAGAUGAAGAUAUGUUAUUAGUGGUUCACUGCAUUGAAAUGCCUCCAAUGCCUGAAAAACGCUUUCCUUAUGCGUACGAUUAUUACGGAGAAUGGAGAGCAGAGGCAGACAAACAACGUACGAAAGGAAAAGUACUGCUUCAUCAUUUUGGAGCCACUUGCAAACAAAAAGGAAUCGAACAUCGUUUGAUACUGAAAGAUGAGAGACCGGACCACACCAUAAUCAACGUAGCGAACGAAGAAAAGGCUGAUCUGAUCGUCAUUGGUGCACGUGGCCUUGGAACACUUCGUCGGACCGUUUUAGGCAGCGUUAGUGAUUUUGUUGUUCAUCAUUCGCCAGUUGCAGUAACUGUUGUCCCUCCUGAGGCCUGGCGCCAUCAUUAUCCUCAUCAGCACACUGGUUCGUUGGAGGAAUUAGAAAAAAGAGAACGUACCAAAACCUGUUAAGCUGCGAAUUUUCUGGUUUGGCGCAUACGAGACAUUACGUGUAAAUCUUGAUAAUUUUUAACUGGACUUAACCAACCAUGCUACUUGUUCCAAAKACCAGUUGUGCGUGUAGUACGAAAAUGAUAAAUGUUCCUUAUAUUUUAUUGCUGCGACGCAAGUUUUAAAAGGAGAAAGUUUGAAAAUUCGAGGGAGACUGCAGCGACUUUUACAUGUAAUAUUUUAUCAAUCACAGUUUAAAAAACAAUUUUAAUUGUCUAAAAACCCAUUUAUUAGAGUAGUUUYACUUUAGUGCUCCGACUGGCUGAGUUAUUACAACGGGUCAAAUUAGGUGCAAAUACUGGCCCAGAUUAAAUGCCAUGUGAAUACUGUGCACUGAUGUAUAAUGACAAUCUAACUAACCUGAAAUAGCCACUGUCUCAGGUUGUUGACAACUAACUAAAGCCUUCUGAUGAGUUGACUCCCCCAGUGGUAUCUGCGGAGCCGUUUUUUAUUUAGUAGUUAAUGCCCGGUUAGUGCACAUGUUUUUCAGUAUUGUAUAUGUGCAAAUUGUCUUAAAGGCAGCAAAACCUUUCCACACUUCAGUUCAGUUUUUCAGGAAUUACUCAGAUUUCAUAGAUUCAGAUACCUGUAUAGCAAUUGUCUUAAAUUGAACCAAAGACGUACUUUUUAACAACUCAUUUCAUUCGCCCUUCUAAGUUUUGAAGUAAGUCUGAUGAUCGUUUCGUACCGUCAUGACGUAUGUUUAUGGUUAAUAAAUGCAUGUUAUAAGACCAAGCACGAGAGAGCCGCUCGAUCAGCCGCGAAAUUCCUUAUCGGUGUUGGCGACAGCGCGCAAAGGCGACAUGGAGCAAUUCUUGUGUCCGCGUUCAAGACUCUUUUCAAUUUGCUAUCGAGUAUACGACAACCUUACGACAACGUAUUUUAUUGGCUAGGAAUUCAAAAUCAAUACAUUAUGAUAAUAAUAAUAAACGAUUGAUUUCAGCAACCACC